GUUUACAACAACAACAACAACAACAACAAACACGAACUGAAGUUUAAGGGCAUUAGACAUGGUUUUACUGUUUUGAGAAUUCAGAGAAAGUAUCGAAUGAUAAAUCGUGUAAGACUUGUUUUGCGCAGAUAUCUGUGUAAGCCCAUACUUGUAAAGAUACCACAGAUAAAUGACAUAAAUCUCAAUAUUGCGUCACGGUCAGCUAAAAAACUGUCAGAAAAACUAAGGCCCCAUGAAUUAAGAAGUACCCACUGCGUCGUUUAUGUUAACAAGUGGAAAUAUAUAUUAAACGUAGUGCCAAAGUAUAACAUGGAAGAUAAAACUGACAUGUCAAUACCUUUACCAGAUGGUGUACGUGGGAUGACUUCCCUUGAUAAGAGUGGAUUUGAUCAGGUUAUCUCGGUGCCUGCAGUCCUAGUAGACACUAAGGCACUCCCAGUAGUUCUAAAAUGUUUAAAACAAUAUCAGUUGAAGAUCUCAAAGAUCAGACCAGUCGUGGAACUUGAUAAACAUGAUCUGAAAUUCAGCUCACACAAACUUGUUUUACUGAACAAGUCACUAGUUCAAGACUGGGACAGUUUUCAGGUUUCUGAUCAGGAACUUCUUAAAGCCCAAGGUGUAACAUCAGACAGUUUUCAACAUUAUGAUGUGAAGGUUGGCUAUGAUAACUUGACAUUCUCUGAUGUAAUGAAAAUGAUUCUUCCUGAUGACUGCGAAGGGGUGUCUGGAUUUGAAGAAGUUGGUCACAUUGCUCAUUUCAAUCUGCGAGACAAAACUCUUCCCUAUAAAAACAUUAUAGGUGAAGUUCUACUAGAUAAAACAAAGAAACUGAAGACUGUUGUCAACAAGCUAAACACAAUUGACUCCACCUUUAGAACAUUCCAAAUGGAGUUAAUGGCAGGGCAAGAAAACUAUGUCACACAGACUAAAGAAAAUGGAUGCACAUUUGAACUUGACUAUUCAAAGGUGUACUGGAAUUCGAGGCUAGGUACAGAACAUGAGAGAAUUGUGAAGGGUAUUGAAUCAACAGAAGUCGUGUUCGAUGUGUUUGCAGGCAUAGGACCUUUUGCCAUUCCAGCUGCAAAGAAGGGCGCAACAGUGUUCGCUAACGACCUCAAUCCCCACUCAUACGAGGCUUUAGUGAACAAUUCAAAACUGAAUAAGUGCAAAAACAACAUUAACUGUUUUAAUCUGGAUGGGCGUGAGUUUGUUAAAACCAUUAUAAAAUGUGAACUUACCAAACUAUUCAUCAAAACUCACACUAUCGGUGAUACUGAGAGAAACUUUAAAGUUACAAUUAUAAUGAAUCUUCCAGCGUUGGCGUAUACAUUUCUAGAUGCCUUCCGGUCUCUGCUAGAGGAAGAUGCUGUCAGUGUGAGCGCUGGAUCUAUGCCCCUGGUGCACUGCUAUUGCUUUACCGACAUAGAGUCUGCAGUAAAGGACUGUGAUGGUGAUACGGUGCUGGAAGUAAAGAGAAGGACAAGAGGAGUGAUAGGUGGUCUCAAUGAUGAUGAUAUCACAGUACGACUGGUACGUAAUGUGGCACCUCAGAAGGACAUGGUGUGUGUCAGUUUCCGGCUUACCCCAGACAUUCUUCUCAACCGACAAGAUCAGAUUGACGGAUCGUUGAGGUCUGAGAAUGGAGAACCAGCACAGAAGAUUGCAAGGCUAGAAACUUCCACCAGUCUGUAAUGCAUUGUAAUUAAUUGAAUAAAUCUGAUUAAUAAA